UAAUGCAUUAUAGUAGCAGUACACGCAAAACAUUUAGCCUAAAUCGUCUAGACCUACAUCCGCCUAUGUGCAACAUUACAUUGAUGUAUAUUAUAUAUAAUAUCUGGGCUAUCAUUCACAUGUAGGCCAAGAUGUCAGUCGUUCAACAUUGCUAAUGUUGACAGCCAUCUAUAAAUCAAUGCGCGCACAUGUGCACAAAUUUAUAACAAGCAUGCACAUGUGUGACUGAUCAGCAUACAGUGAACAAAAUCUUUCUUUUUAUACAGGUUUCUGGGAAUAUUCUAAAAUCGUCAGUCUCUUUGGGUUGGGUGUAGCCAUAUUAACCUUGAAUGGCUUAUGCACGCACCCAUCGACGGCAACCCCCAUCGCUAGCCCCAGACAGCACCUGGCUGGGACUGCGUGACGUCAAACACAUGCAAAUGAGGGCUGGUCGCCUUGGCCAUUGGCUGUCCCGCUUUGCCGCCAUUACUGUCUGUACCACACUUUCCAUGUCGGCAGCGAUUUCUGGUUAAUUUCUCGAAAUCUGGACGUCCGUUGGUCAUAGCAGGGACCUCAAACGGUUUGUGGGUGCUUUGAGGCAUACGGCGCAUUGUCAGAUCGGGUUGUUUUGACGAGCUAAGCGGCCGAAAGGGAGUUACGGCGUUGUAAGAUGGCGUCUUCGGGAAAGGGGGACGGCCUGUUCCUGAGCGCCGUGAAGAAGCGUGCCCGUAAACGGACUUCGGAGCAAGCCGGUUUGGAAGAGUCGAGUUCCAGGGCGUCCAGUGCCAUCACAUCCACCGAGUCCACCAACCUUACGGCCUCAAAGGGCAAAGGAUCACCAAGAAAGAAACCGAAACAGGAAGUGGAUCAGGAUCAAGUAGACACGAUCAGCGACGCGAUCGACUCUGUGAUCAAGCGAAGCAGCCCUCAAGUGAAACAAGGAGGAGAUGCUGUCAAAGGCGCACCCAGGAAGAAAGCGGCAGCCUCCAAAAAGAAAGUCGAAACUGUUAAAGAGGAACCUGAGGAGGAGGAUGUGAAGGAAGAAGUGGAGGAUGGGGAGAAAAAAGAAAGUGUUCCCAGCGAGGUUCAUGCAUUGAUCGAUCCAGAUGAUGAUAUUUGGACAACGGAUAGCGUGAAGAUUUUGUUAGAGCGCAUAAAGACAGAGUUGCCCAAAGAUGACAAAGCUAAAUACAGUACACAGGCUGAAAAAAUGAGCUGGGAAAACAUCAAGUUUGAUCAUUUCACAGCUGAGGAUUGUAAACACAAGUGGAACGCUAUCGUCCUACGAUUGCGUCGAUUCCGCACAAUGACAGACCUGGUGCAGGAUGCAGAAGAGUGGGCCAAAGUUCCCUGGUCAUGGUUUGGCAAGAAAAAGGUGCACCCAGACAUGCCUCGGCGGCCCCUCUCUCCCUACCUGAGGUUCUUCAUGGAGAAGGUACCCAAGUUCAGGAAGGACUAUUCCAACCUUCCAAUCACAUCCAUCGCCAAAAUGAUCGCUGAGAAGUUCAAGGCUCUGUCGGCUAAAAAGAAGCAAAAAUAUACAGAGGCUUACAAUAUUGAGAAUGAAGACUACAAAAGCAAACUGGAAAAGUUCAGAGAGGAACACCCUGAUCUCCUGCCCAGCAAAAGCUCCAACCUGGGGAAGAAGAAGGCAGAGAAGAUUGAGGUGGAAAAGAAACCAGCCAAGCCAGUCUCUGCUCAACAACUCUUCAUCAAUGCCAAACUGGAGGAGAUGAUGAUCAGCAAACCAGAGUUAACAAAAGCGGAUGCGUCCCAGGAGUUAAGGAAGAGGUGGAGCGUACUGAAGCCCAGCAAGAAGAUGAAGUUUAUUACUAUGGCUUUGGAGGGGCAGAAAGAGUAUCAGAAAACAUUGUUGGAGUACUGUAAAGAUCACCCAGACUAUAAACCUAAGCCGUAUCGAGCUGUCCUGACAAAAGCCGAGGAGAAAGUCCUAGAUCACCAUUACGGAAAACCUGAGAAACCGCCAUCAAGUGGAUAUGCCUAUUUCUCUUCUACGCUUUUGUCACAAUUGACCAACAUUCCGUCCACGGAAAGAAUGGGGGAGAUAUCGCGCCGGUGGAAGGCACUUAGUGACAAAGAGCGAGAGAGAUACAAUAAAACUGCAGAACAGAAAACAGCAUUAUAUAAAACACAGUAUGAGAAAUACCGUGCCUGUUUGCCAGUGGAAGAGUUGGAGCGACUGGAGAAAGAAGAAGCUCUGAAGGCUAAUAAAAAGGCCAAAACUAACGGCACAUUGCCGUCUCAUAUAUAUAUUUUCAUCGAUUCUCCUUUUCAGGAGUUGCCUAACGAACAGAAACCGAAGCGACCAAUGACUGCGCUAUUCAUGUUUAUAACGGAGAAAAAGGACAAAUUCAAACAACGAUACCCAAAUAUAUCCAAUCAGGACAUUGUAAGGCUCUUGUCCAAGGCCUACAGUGAAUUACCAGACAGUAAAAGGGAGAAGUACAAGAAAAAAGAGCUUGAAUGUAAAGAAAGUUAUGAGAGAGAUCUUCAAUCAUAUUUAAAACAGCACCCAGAAGCUCAUAUGGGGAAGGAAAACAGUCGGUUAAAACUGAUAUACCCCGGGGAGCCCAAGAGACCCCCAGGAAGCGGCUAUCAGCUGUUUUCCGCGGAAAUGAUGGGUAAAUUGACCAACAUUCCCAGCAAGCUGCGGCUGCAGCAGGUCAGCAUACAGUGGCACGGGCUGAGCGAGAUGGAGCGCGUCAGCUACAACCAGCGACGCGUCCAGAUGGUCGAGGACUACAGGAAGGCCAUUGAUAAAUUUAAAUCGAUGAUGUCCCCAGAGGAACGCACCAAGUACGAGGAAAUCGUGAAACAGCGGAGUAGGAAAGGGGUGAAGAAAAACAACAUAGCAGCGGGAUCUAAUGCAAAAGAUACUAAAGCCAACAAUAAGGAAAAUGAAGAAGAAGAGGAGGAGUCGGAGUCGGAGUCAGGCGAGGAGGGGAGCAGUGAGGACGGGGAGGAGGGAAGCAGUAGUGAGGAGUCGGGGGAGGAGAGUGAGGAGGAGGAAGGGAGUGACGACGAGGAUGAGGAAUCCUCGGAGGAGGAAGGCGAGGAAGAGGAAGGGAAGGAGGGAGAGACGCCAGCCAUCAACAACGCCUUCCCCAUUCCCACAAAGUCAGUCAGCUCUACAGCCAAGGGAGGGGCAGCAGGUAAAGAUUCCAGCAGUGGAUCUGAGAGCGAAUCAGAAAGUUCUGAGUCGUCGUCAUCGGGGGAAUCAUCUAGCGAGGCAGAAUCAGAUUAAAAACUGAUGCUGACGGCUACAUCAUCAUCUUUGUUGUUGUUCUUGUUGCAUCCAUCUCCUUCAUUUCUUCACCUGUACCAUUAUAGUUAAGCCCAAGGCCCAUUUCACACAUGACAAUGUGGUCAUUAUUUCACUCUCUAUUUUUUUUUUUUUUUUUUUUUUUCAACUGAGCCAUCCUGGUGUUUUAAGGGCUUGAAAAGACUGUAGGUGGGGUGGUAACAUUUGUUAUGUAAUUUUGAAUUAGGAUAUAAAUUAUAUCCAUGUAACAGCCUGAUUGGUGUGAAUGCAAUCAAUCCUGAAAAUAAGCACCUGGCAUUUUCAAUCUACAGAGAAAGUGGUAAGACCCAUAUUGCCUGUGUCAUAUAACACUUGAUCCAAGUACCGUAUUUCAUAUAAAGUUUGGCCUGUAAAAAUGCCCUUAAAAUGAUACUUUCAGUGUGACCUCUCAAUUUUUCAUUAAUAAGAAAUUAAUCAAACUUUAUU